GAAUUUGUCAGCUGUUUAUUUCCGGUCGAAACGGAAGUGCAUUCAAGGGGCUUGUGUAGGUGACCGAAUGGCAGAUAGCUGAAGCAUUUUGAAAAUAAUUUCCCAGCACGGAAGAAAGACGGUUCCACUUAAAAUUAUUAAAGUGCAUACUCUAUAAAGGAUACAAUGGGGGCUCACCUGGUCAGACGGUACAUCACCGAGACCGACACCGAGCCAGACCCGGCGAAGAAAUUCGAGUUCGACCCCAACUUUGGAUUUCCUGAGAGGAAAGAGCGAGAGAUGGUUGCGACCCAGGAGCAGAUGAAUUUGGCCAUGCUGCCGUUGGAGCAGAGGGACUAUUGUGCUCAUUACCUCCUGAAGUUCAUGAAGUGCAAAAGGGACAACUGGCCAAACUUCCUUGCCUGCAAGCACGAGAGACAUGACUGGGACUACUGUGAACACCGGGACUAUGUGAUGCGGAUGAAAGAGUAUGAGAGGGAGAGGAGGCUCCAGCUGAGGAAGAAGAGAAUUGAGGCCCAGGCUGAAGCUGCAUAAUGAAGCACAUCUUUUCUCCUCAUCUCUGUAUAUAGCUUACACUGUUCACAUUAAACAGUGCUGCUUAAUUACA